UUUCGUGUAGUCAAGAUCAGUCUUUUGGGACACAUUUCAUUUGUUGCAAGUACAUUCCUCUGAAGGAAAAAAAAAUCAAGAGACAGAAUGAAUCGAGUGUUUUGGUGUGUUUUGAUCGCGCUUUUGGCGCCACAAGUGUUGGCAAUUUCGUUUUGUCCAAACCGGUGCGUGUGUGACGACGUCAAACUGCACGUGACUUGCGGCGAAGGUGAACUGGACGUGCUUCCGAUCGCGCUGAAUCCGUCUAUCCAGCGGUUGGUAAUCAAGUUCAAUCAGAUCAAAGCGAUCGAUUCGUCGAUUCAGUUUUACAACGAUCUGACAAUGUUGGACCUGAGCUACAAUCAUCUUCUCGGAGUUCCGGAGCAAAUUUUUGUGUAUCAGAAGCGUUUGCUGCAACUACAUUUGAACAACAACAAAAUCAGUUCGAUCAAUAACAAAACCUUCCACGGGUUGGAAGAGCUGCGAGUUCUGAAUCUGCGUGGGAAUUUCAUCGACGAGCUAAACACGGAAAUGUUUAAAUCGCUUUCGAAAUUGGAAGAACUGAAUCUCGGUCAAAAUCGCAUCGGCCAGCUCAAUCCGAAAACAUUCGAGGGUCUAACGAAUUUGAGAAUUCUUCACCUGAACGAUAAUGCGCUGAACACAAUCCCGUCGAUUUCGUUCCGGCCGUUAAAAAUGCUUGCCGAGCUAUUUCUGGGCACCAAUGUCCUAAACCAAAUUCAGCCGGGUGUGUUCCAAGGCCUGAAUCAAUUGAAACGGCUGGACAUCAGUGGAUCGAUGCUUACCAACGUAACGACCGAAACUUUCCGUGGUCUGGAGAACAUUCGGUCGUUGGAUAUCUCAGACAAUCAUCUGCUCUUGGUUCCCACGGUUCAGCUAAGUGGACUGAAGCGACUGGAGGAGCUAAAGAUCGGCCAAAAUGACUUCGAGGUUAUUCCGGAAGGAGCUUUCUUCGGUUUGUUUAAUCUGAGAAAAGUUGAUAUCUCGGGAGCUUUGAAUCUAAAUCGCAUUCAAGCGGGUGCAUUUUCGGCCAACACCAACCUGGACACGAUCAUCAUUGCUUCCAACAAAAUACUAACUGACAUCGAGGAAGGAGCAUUCUCUGGUCUUCCGCACAUCGAAAAUGUGAUUUUGAGAGACAAUGCGAUUCAAACCGUUCGUGAGGAACUGCUGCCUUGGAAACAGUUGAGGAAUUUCGAUUUAUCGGAUAAUCCGCUGGCAUGCAACUGUCAGCUACGUUGGCUGAGGAACCUGCUUCGCCAAAAACCGAUUGAAACCGAGCAGAGUGAAAUUCUGUGUGAAUUUCCGGAACGUUUGAAUGGAGAAGCUUUGCGAGAAAUCAACUCAGAACUGCUGGGAUGUCAUGAGCAUCAAUCGAAGGAACGUGCCGUAUUUGGUGCCGUCCUGGUAGCAUCCGCAGCGUCUCUGACCACUUUGGUAAUGGUUGUCUAUAAGCUUCGUCACUACCUGGGGGAUAUGCUAGGUCCAAACUGGCACAACAAACGCAACGCUUUCAAGGAAGAAAAGGAUUUGGAGUUUGGGAAAUGUUUCGAGGAAAUCGAGUAUCAUCAGCCAAAUUUCAACAUAUACAGCUACCACUAUCAACAUUCGUUCCCGCAGCAUACGCCAUCGUAUCCUCAGCACACAUUUCAACAGCACAUCUACGAAACACCACUCCCAGUUUCGGACCUGUGAACUACUGGAACCACAAAUGGGGGCCUAUGAGUCCUGAUGGGGAAAGAAUUCGGCUCACGAAAUGAUUGCGCCUGCUUCCUUGGCCAAUCCAGAGGGCAUCGAAGAAUCGAAAUCCUUCAUAAUCGACGUCAAAUUGCAUGCUUGACCAAACACCACUCGAACCGGGUGAAAAGAGUAGAUUUUGGCGUGUUAUAGAAGCGGUAACUUGACGUUAUCGGUAGGAUCCGCAAAAGAAAUAUUAAAUUUGCUCAGCAGUGUAUGUGUGUAACUGUUACUGCCUACUGUAGGCCAGAAGGACAAUGAAAAACACAGAAAAAUA